AUGACUCUACUAGGUCGUCCGUCUUCAGACCAGGCCGAGCAAUUGAGACAGACUCGCAACGAUCUCCGCCAAAAAGUGCGCAACGACUGGACAUAUCCCAACGCUCCUCAUGUCGUACCUGACCACUACGCCGCACCGUCCGCCGCUGCAACACCCUCAACUCUGCACAUGUCCACGUCUACUCAGGAUGCGAGGGACCACGUAAAUUCACACAUCGCCGCCAAUAUCACAGCGUACGAUCCGCCACUAGACAACCAUACUUCCGACGACUGGGUUGAACGAUACUACAGCGACGGCGAAGACUCGGCCUCGGACAAAGACGACAAGACUCCACGCUUCGAAACUCCCGACUCGGUUGGUACCAGUCUAGAAGAACGCAAGAGGCGGAGACGCGCAAGGCGACAACAGAGAUACGAAGCCGAGAUGGCCGAAAACAUCGGUCUCGCCCAUUGGAGCGCUCAGAGAAAUCUUUGGACCGGUGCCCGACCGAGGACUGCUGAGAACCAGACCUCUUCAACAGCGUUAGGAGCGAUACCCGAUGCCAAUCUACUCAUACCCAAGGCACUUCCACUUCUUCCCGCCGACAACGCUGUCCGUAGCCGCAUAACGACAAACACCUACUCGGACAUCUACACAAAGAUCAUCCUCCAAGGCCGCACUCCCUCGAUUCCAAUCAACCUCUCAGACAUUACUAGAAGCUUGGUUCAUGGUUGGAAAGAAGAAGGGAACUGGCCGCCAAAGCCUACACCUGCAGAGGCCAGUCUAGUCAAGAAGCACCCUCAUAUUAAGGGCAGUUUGAAAAAGAUGGGCAAGAUCUUUGGUCUGGGUGGACCAGGUGUGCCAGUCGAGAAGGGUCCAGUAUAG